AUGAAGUCUGUUUCCAUUUUCCUAGUGUUAUUCGUCUUCUUCCUCGUCGUUCUUGAAUCGCCGGAGAAGAUAGAAGCAGGCGAAAAGUUCAAAUGCCUCCAGGAGUACGGCGGAGACGUGGGUCCCACGUUCUGUAACCCUAAAUUCUUCCCGACGUUGUGCCGUCAAAACUGCCGGACUUUCAAAGGCGCGAAAGGCGGUAAAUGCGUGAAGAAUCCCAAACACAAACAUAUCAAAUGCUUCUGCGAUUACUGCAAAGACGAGUAA